UCAGUCAACCACCCAAUCUCUGCCAUAUUUCCAUUUCCUUUCGUUCUCACCUACUUUACCCAUCUCGAUCUCUAUAAACUCAAGUCUUCCGUUUCACAGCUAUCCAUCUUCGAUCACUCUAAUUUUUCUAGCAUUCCUUCUUUUACUCACUUUUCUGAUCUGUCGUCUAUCUAUGGCAACACCUUCACUCGCUCCUGAAUCCUUUCCUUGGGAAUACGAUGUGUUCUUGAGCUUCAGAGGUGAAGACACACGCAAAACUUUCACUGAUCAUCUUUAUUUUGCGCUGCAUCAAGCCGGAAUCCGCACAUUUAGAGACGAGGAGGAGCUCAGAAAGGGUGAAUAUCUUGCUCCUGAGCUUAUGAGAGCAAUCCAAACUUCAAGAAUCGCUGUGAUAGUCUUAUCGAAAGAUUACGCCUCCUCUAGGUGGUGUCUUGAUGAAUUGGUGGAAAUUGUGGAGCUCAAGGAGAAGGAAAAACUUAAAGUUUUUCCUAUUUUUUACGAUGUUGAUCCUUCCGAAGUGCGUAAACAAAGUGGGAGCUAUGGCAUGGCCUUGGCAAAGCACAAAGAGCGCUUUCACGGGAGUGAUAAAGUACAGAAAUGGAGAGAUGCACUCAUUAAAGUCGCCGAUAUGUCAGGAUGGGAUUUGCAAGGAGUCGCCAAUGGAUACGAAUCCAAGUUCAUCAAUUCAAUAAUCAAGGAGGUCCAACGUAUAGUAAGCCGUGUACCAAUGUUUGUUGCCAAGCAUGGAGUUGGACUUGAUUCUCGUGUUGAGUGUGUCGUUCAGUUAUUGCAUGGAGAAUCAAAUGAUGGUGUUCACAUGGUUGGGAUCUAUGGUAUGGGAGGUAUUGGGAAAACAACUCUGGCCAAAGCUGUCUAUAAUAGACUUUUUGUAUACUUUGAAAGCAGUUGCUUUCUUGAGAUAGAUUCAGCAAUUUCAAGACAAGAAGAUAAUGGGAUAAAUCUUAAGGAAGUUGAUACUCAGAUCACAAAAAUACAAAAACAGCUUUUUAAGAAUCUUUUUAAUGAGGAGAUUGACAUUGACAGUAUAGAUAAAGGAAUCAUGUUGAUGAAAAGGCGACUUCAAGCAAAAAAAUGUCUCAUAGUCAUUGAUAAUUUGGAGCAUAGAAAUCAAUUCAACAAAUUAUGUGGAGGACGAGAUUGGUUUGGUGGAGGAAGUAGACUUAUUUUAACCACAAGAGACGCACAUGUUUUUAAAGAGUUGAAUGUGGAUGAACUUUAUGAAGUUAAAGUAUUGAACCAUGAGGAGUCUUUGCAGCUGUUUAGCCUACAUGCAUUUGGAGAGCCUAGGUUGAUAAGAGAAGAUUAUAAUGAGCUUCUAGAUGGCAUAGUUGCUUAUUGUGAUGGACUUCCAUUAGCUCUUGAAGUUUUAGGGGCUUAUCUGUGUCAUAAAUCAAAAAAGGAGUGGAUUAGUGCUUUAGAAAAAAUGAAAGGAAUUCCUCAUUAUGACAUUCAAGCUAAACUUAAGAUUAGUUAUGAUGGGCUUCCAGAUGAUCAUAUAAAAUCUCUUUUUCUUGAUCUUGUUUGUUUCUCUGGUGGAGUUUCUAAGGAGAAAAUUGAUAACAUGGGGUAUUUCUCAGACAUUGAAGUUCAAGACUUGGUUGACAAAUGCUUGAUCAAUUGUGAGCGGUCUUUGAUUAGUAUGCAUAGCUUAAUUCGAGAGAUGGGGAGAGAAAUUAUUCGUUCAGAGUCACCCAACAAUCCUAGUGAGCGUAGUCGAUUGUGGUGUCCUAAUGAUAUCCAUGAUGUGCUUAUAGGGGAAAAGGAUACAAGAAAGAUUGAGGUGAUUGUAUUCAACUACUCUCCUAUGAAAAAUGUGAAGUACAAUACAAAAGCAUUUAAGAACAUGGAGAAUUUAAGAAUUCUUGAAAUUGAUGAAGUCCAUCUUGAUGGAAAUUUCAAACAUCUAUCCAGUUCCAAGGCGCUUAGAUGUUUGCGAUGGAACCAUUGCCCUUUGAAAUCUAUAGAUAUUCCAUCAGGUGGUUUUUUUGAGAAGCUUGUGAGUCUGGAAAUGGGGAAUAGCAACAUUAAAGAAUUUAAAGCCCCUCUAAAGUAUAUUCCUUGUCUCAAGUCUUUGGAUUUCUCUUACUGCAAACAUCUCACAAGGACUCCAAACUUUAGUGGCUGUCAAAAUCUCAGUAAGUUAUCAUUUAUGGGAUGCUCAAGUUUGUUAAAGGUGCAUUCUUCCAUCGGAGAAUUGGGGAAAUUAGUUUCUUUAAAUUUUGAUCUUUGUGAAAAGUUAAAGAAACUUCCAAAGAACGUCAGCCAUUUGCGGUCACUGCAAGAUCUUUAUAUGUCCGGUUCGUUAGAACUUAAAACAUCCCCGGAAAUUUUUGGAAAUUUAACCUCAUUACAAAGUCUAUGUCUUGGACUUACCAGUACUUAUGGGGUGCUCUCCAACCUGUCUCAUUUGUUCAACCUUAAAUCAAUUCUGUUGAAUUUCUGCAAGAACCAAGAAGUACUCCAACAACUUCCUCACACUGUUGAACUGGUCCAAUUGUAUCAUUGUGACAAUGUAAAAAUGAUCCAAGAGCUUCCACUUAACCUUAGAGUUAUUUCUUUAGAUAGUUGCAAAAGUCUUAAAAUGCUUCCGAAUCUUCCUCCAAAUCUUGAGCAUAUUACUUUAAAUGGCUGUGAAAAUCUUGAAAUGCUCCCAAAACUCCCUCUCAAUCUUAAGACAAUUAAUUUAUCUAGUUGCAAAAACCUUAAAAUGCUCACAGAAUUUCCUCCCAAUCUUUGGAAAAUUGUUUUAGGUGGUUGUGAAAAGUUUGAAAUGCUUCCAGAACUUCCUCCAAAUCUUUCUGAAAUUAGGUUAGAUGGUUGGAAAAACUUAAAAAUGCUCCCAAAACUUCCUCCCAAUGUUACUGAAAUCUACUUAGAUGAUUGCCAAAACCUGAAAUUGCUCCCAGAACUUCCUCCAAAACUUCAAGAUCUUAGUGUUCAAAAUUGUGAGUUGAUUGAAAAAGUAUCAGACUUAUCAAAUUGUACGGGGUUGUGUCAUUUGCAUCUCAUCAAUUGCAAAAAGUUGAAGGAGUUUAAAGGUUGGGAGAAUCUUCAUUCCAUAAGGACAAUAGUGUUUGGAGAUGUUCCUCAUACUGAUUUCUCAGAACGCAUUAAGGAGGUUUUAAAACACUCCAUGAAUUCCAAUGGUCUUCUUGCUUGUAAUGAAAUUCCUGGUCGGAUUAGAUGUCAGAAAGAAAUAUCAUUUGAAUAUCCAUCAUCCAAUUUGAAGAAUCAUACAUUGGAAUUUUAUGGAUUUGUUUUUUUAGUUGUGUUCAAUCCGGCUCCACUACUCCCACCACUUUAUUGUCAUUAUGAAAUCAUAAUUGAAAAGCAUGAUUCCAAAGAUUUCCCACAAACAUGGUAUAAUUAUCAUGGGAUCCAAUUAGAAGUUGAAGGAAUUUCAUUUUUACAUGUCAUUACACUUAAUGAUCUUUACGAUUAUGCGUAUGGAGGUAUAAAAGCCGGAGAAGUCAUCAAAGCUACACCUAUAACUGAAGUUUAUAAAGGAUUCUACAGAGAUAGGAUUAGGUCAUUAGGUGAAGCAAGUUUGAUGAAGAAAAUAAGAGUUGCAAGUGUGGUGAAGAAAUUUGAAGUUGAAGCAUUGUACAGAGAUAAAGAUGGCUCCCUACAACUUCUACCCCUCACUAAAGUUUGUUAGAACACUGAAGAAGAAGAAGAAUUCCUGGGUGUCAUAUCAAUGAGGUCUUAACAUUGUUCGCAGGGGCUCCCCUUGAGAAGCAAGUUGUAGUAGUUUGUUCGAAUUUGGUAGGCAUCCUUACACUGCCUUUUAAUAAGAUGAAUCAUACAGUUGAAGAAGUUUUUUUUUUUUUUUUCUUUUUU